AUGUACAGAAAUUUAUAUGAUACAGACAAUAUUAUUUAUUCUCCUGAAGGUAGAUUAUAUCAAAUAGAAUAUGCAAAUGAAGCUAUAAAACAAGGAACUUGCGCUGUAGCAAUAAAAUCAAAAGAUUUUGUGGUAGUUUGUGGAUUAAAAAAAUGUAUUAGUAAAUUAUCAUAUCAUCAAGAAAAAUUAUUUAAAAUUGAUGAUUAUAUAGGAGUAACAAUGAGCGGAAUAACUUCUGAUGCAAAAGUUUUAACAAAAUUUAUGAGAAAUGAAUGUUUAACUCAUAAAUUUUUAUAUGAUGAAAAUAUAAAUAUAGAAAAAUUAGUGAAAAAAGUGGCUGAUAAAUAUCAAAGAAAUACACAAAAAAGUAGUAGAAGAGCUUUUGGAGUAGGCUUAAUAAUAGCAGGAUAUGAUAAGGAACCUUUUAUUUUUGAAACAAAACCAAAUGGAUCCUACUUUGAGUAUAUUGCUAUAUCUUUUGGUGCUAGAUCACAUGCAUCUAAAACUUAUUUAGAAAAAAAUGUCCAUUUAUUUGAAGAAUCUAACUUAGACGAUUUAAUUUUACAUUGUUUAAAGGCAUUAAAAUCUUCUCUUUCCAGUGAGAAUGAAUUGACUGUUGAUAAUACUUCACUUGCAAUUGUUGGUAAAGAUAAACCAUGGGAUGAAAUUUCACCUUUAGAACUAGUUUCAUAUCUUACUAAAAUAAAUAAUGAAGCACAAAAUGAACAAAAUCAGACAGGUGAUCAAAAUGAAACAAGUCAAUCUAAUGAUCAAAACCAAAAGAAUGAGCAAGUUGAAUAG